CCUGACAGAAACUAAAGGAGUUAUGUUACCAAUUCAAUUCGGUAACAAAGGGUGACGUUUCUCAUUGGUUCGCUUUGAAUGCAGCCGUAGUGCAAAGCGGUUAAUUUCUGUGUUUGAUUGACAGGUCUGUUACCUCAAAAUAAACCGGCCAUUCCUGUGCUCUUUUGAUCGUUGUAGUCAGGUUUCGUUCCAAAACAACAUUGUGAAGAACGCGCACCGUUCAAAUUGACGAAGCAUAUUUUGACGGUACACGAUGGAUUAUAUCUACAGUUUACUCAUUUUGAGCUUCGCUCUUCACUCUUCGCUACGAAGCGACAAAAUGACGGAAGCAUCGUCGGUUGCGACAAACGGAACCACAGCGAAGGAACAAGACAGUGAGAUCUUCAGUCGUCAUUCUUUCCCUCGCCGAAUGAGAACUCAUCAGCGUCACAACCAUCACUCUUCACAGAAAAAGAGAGAAAAAACUACAGAGAGCACAUCGGUCCUUAAAAAUGGCAGCACUUCGGGAACGCUUCAACGCGAAAUUCUGAAUCUUCUUGGUCUGCCUCGUCGGCCGCGGCUAAGCUUAAAUACUCGUCUGCAUGGCCGAAAAAUGUCUGCUCCAAGGUAUAUGAUUGACUUAUACCAUAGCUUGGAAAACAACGUGAGCGUGUCGACUGACGGUUUGUUCUGCUGCAAUGACACUGUGACAGAUUCUCGAGCGCUGGGUGCUGACACAAUUAUGAGCUAUCUUAACCACGUCAGGGGAGCGCGGCCAAAAAUUUCCAAGAGGCAUUCUACGUUUCGUUUUAAGAUGGAAACCCCACAUGGAGAAAAGAUCACAGCGGCAGAGUUUCGGAUUUAUAAAGAAUCGAUUUCCAACGGACACAGGGUUGUCUCCUGGGAGAACUCGACAUACGAAGUGAAAAUUUAUCAGGUUAUUGAGCCUGCACGACUUCUCAAGGAACUGGACAAGCGGGUUCUUCGAAGCUGGGAAUCUGGAUGGCAGGCUUUUGACAUCACACGAGCAGGGCAGGAAUGGGCACAAGAAAUCAAUAAAAACUAUGGAAUCGAACUUUCUGUACACACGUACGCAGGGGUAGAACUAAACGCUUCAAGCGUUGGCUUUGUGGGUUUCCACGGCCCACAGGAGAAGCGUCCUUUUUUGGUCUCCUUCUACCGUCAAGAUGGCGAACAGAAGCUGACCUAUCAUCGUAUUUUCAAUCCACAUCCAGGCCGGCGUCGCUCAGCCCGGUCCCUCGGACCUCGGUUCACCAACGUAGGAGGGAACUUCAAGACCUCGAGUCAAACGAGCUGCAGCCGGAGGAUGCUGUACGUCAGUUUCCAGCGACUUGGUUGGCAAGACUGGAUUAUCGCGCCUGAGGGUUACUCGGCGUUUUUCUGUUACGGCGAAUGCUCGUUUCCUCUAAGCGCUCACAUGAACGCUACCAAUCACGCCAUUGUUCAAACGCUGGUACAUCUCAUGAAUCCUACAGUUGUACCACAGCCGUGCUGCUCUCCCACCAAACUCUCCGCCAUCUCUGUCCUGUACUUUGAUGACAGCAAUAACGUGGUACUUAAAAAGUACACAAACAUGGUCGUGAAAGCGUGCGGUUGCCAUUAGCAACGCCAACACCGAAUUCUUUAAUUUCAUGCUAGCCUGUGUCGUAUGUUACCGUCUCAAAAUAUUAUUGCAUACUUUGACUCAAGAAGCGGCGAGAAGGAAGUUAACGAAAGCCAGAUUUACAAUUGACAAACCUGACGGCGUUUGAACAGAGAGACACAUUGGGUUGCCAUUGCCCUUUUCACUACUCCCCGCGCAAAUUCAUAUCAAUAAUAUAUUAUGGAUGGCCUCACGUGUGAGAUAUGAACCUCUUUACUUGAGCUAUAACAUAACUACCAUAUAAACCCUUUUACUAGGCUUGAUUUCCGCCGUUACCUUGAGUGGGGACCUCGAUUGGAAGUUUGGGUGCAAUUUUCGGACAACGGCAGUUCAUCGACCCCUUUCCCAUCACUUCCUGAAGUGGGCACAUAUUUUUUCUCAGGGUCCUUUCUCUUUCUUUCUCUCUCGGGAGGAUCCUUAGACUUAAGUUAGAGUGAGCAUUUGAUGAUUAAAUAAUACACUGUACUUUCUAUCAGCUUGCAUCGCCUAUAAACCACUCGGAAUGUUCAUAGAAGACGAAAAACGUUUUCACAAGCAUUUGAAAUGUUCUUCACUGUGCUGGCGAACCGAUUGAGGGUACAGUCUAUUGCCUUUGUCAAAUAAUUACAAAAUGUUUCAGUUUUCUGUGGGUUUCCCAGUGCAACAAAUUAUAUAUCUUUUUUACCAAUCAGGGCCCCGCAUUAUAACAUGGUCAGUAUAUAAAAACUACUUACGGUUUUAAGAUAUGGCAAGCAGACAAAUUUUUAGAAUACAGAAAAUUAUCAGAAAGGAGAUAUUACGUGGAUGUAACAACAAAUUCUCAUUCAGAUCCAACAGAGAGAUGUGAGUCAACAGUAAAGAUAAUUAUCUGUCCGAUCAUAGAGUAAAAAAAAUGAGAAAAAGUGUGAGAUCAGA